AUGAUCCAAGUUCAUCUACUUAACCGAACCGGAAGCGACGGAAGCAACAACCCCCUCUAUAAAGUCCUCCACCAUGCUGGCAACUUCUAUGCUUCAAAAGUCGUAUCUUACGGCGGUAAUGAAAACAUCCGCCGUCAAAUUCUCAGGCGAUUGAGCAUCGUCUUCGGUCUUGACCAUCCAAAUGUGAUCAAGUGCCACGGUGUGCUCGACAAAGCAGACAGUGGCGAGAUCCAAAUACUCCUCGACUACAUGGAUGGGUCCUUAGAAGGAGUCCACGUACCGGAGGAGACGUCAAUUGCUACCCUUGCCUGUCAGAUUCUCUCCGGCUUGUCCUAUUUUCACGAGAGAAAAUUUGUCCAUGGCGAUGUGAAACCGUCCAACCUUCUGGUCGAUACCCUGAUGCAGGAGGUAAAAUUAACUGAAUUCGGGUUGUCUAGAAUCAUAACUCAAACGGCAGGUCCGUGGGGUUUGUCGAUGAUAGGUUACCUAAGUCCUAAAAGAAUCAACACUGAUUUGAAUUGGGGGAUGUACGAUGGUUGCAGUGGGGAUAUAUGGGGACUUGGAUUGAGCCUUCUUCAAAUCUAUAUGGGUAGGUACCCUUUUAUUGACAGCAUUGAGCGGCUGGAUGACGUAGCCAGGAUUUUAUUUGUAAUCUGCAUGUGGGAGCCGCCGGCGCCGCCGGUUACUGCGUCGAGGGACUUUCGGGACUUCAUUUCUUGCUGUUUGCAGAGAGAUCCGCCCAAGAGAUGGACCGCCAGCCAAUUACUGGGGCACCCUUUCAUUUUGCGGAGCACUUCGCACGCCGUUGCCGGCGCAUCAACGGUCCAGGAAUAG